AGUGUAACGGCUUUUCAUUGGCUGAGGUGUGACACUCUCAGCUGAGUAGUUGCCAAGGUAGGAGGAAACCUUCCUCCUCCUUAUGAGUGGUAGGGUGUGAGAGCGCCACCUCUGGCCUCCCAAGUCACUUUUAAAUGAGAUUUCCUUUUAUUAAUUUUCACAGGACUAACAGCUGAUUAGACAUUACAGAAGAAAAGAUUGGUAAACAUGAAGAAACAGCAAUAGGAACUGCAGAAUGAAACUGUAAAAAGAGAAAAAGACUGAAGGAAAUAAUGAACAGAGCAUCAGUGUACUGUGGGCAAUUUCAAGCAGCCCAAGGAGAUGGUGAAGAAACUUUGGGAAGAAUGUAAAUUUCUUGAGGGAGGACCUUGUACCUCGUGUCCCUCCCUCUGGCACAAACUGGCCCUUUACUGGGCCACACCACAGAACCUCAGGCGCUCGCGAGCCCUUCUUUUUUCUACCUACUGGGACGCGUGUUACGCAGUAAUGGGCAGGAAUCCUGCCGCGCCUUCCACGUGACGGCGUGCCCUCCAGCGACUCAUCCCAGCCAAUCAGAGCGCUUCGCACCUGCGGCCACGCUCCCCCGCCCGCCAGUCGCGCGAGGGCGACGCUUCUGGUCUUAAGACUGUUUCCCUCCCAGCGGGGCCAGUGCGGCUGCGUGCCGCGCCGUGAUUGGUCGAGAGCUGCAGGCCUGCGUACGCAGGCGCCGACCUUGGUUACUGAGGGCGGGAACCCUGAGGGGGCGCCCCCGUAUUGUCGUGCCUGUCCGCGCUCGCCAUGCCGAACCGCAAGGCCAGCCGCAACGCCUUCUACUUCUUCGUGCAGGAGAAAAUGCCCGAGCUUCGGCGGCAAGGCCUGUCCGUGGCUCGCGUGGCUGAUGCCAUCCCCUACUGCUCCUCUGACUGGAUGCUCCUGAGGGAGGAAGAGAAGGAGAAGUACACAGAAAUGGCUCGAGAGUGGAGGGCCGCCCGCGGAAAGGACCCGGGGCCUGCAAAGAAUCAGAGACCUGUUUCCACUCCGCUGGUGGGGCCAAGCACGCUUGUACCAAGGGAGAAUGUUUCACUCCCGGAUGUAUCAAGCUUGUCUCUCAAAAAUGAUCAAGCACUCCUUGGAGGCAUUUUUUAUUUUCUGAACAUUUUUAGCCAUGGUGAACUACCUCCUCAUUGUCAACAGCGCUUCCUCCCUUGUGAAAUAGGCUGUGUUAAAUAUUCUCUCCAAGAAGGUAUUGUGGCAGAUUUCCACAGUUUUAUAAAUCCUGGUGAAAUUCCACGAGGAUUUCGUUUUCAUUGUCAGGCUGCAAGUGAUUCUAGUCACAAGAUUCCUAUUUCAAACUUUGAAUUUGGGUAUGACCAAGCAACUGUGUUAGAAAACCUUUAUAGGUUUAUUCACACAAACUCAGGGGGCUGGCCACCGAUCUACUGCAAGUCUAAUGAUAGAGCCAGAGUCAACUGGUGUUUGAAGCAAAUGGCAAAGGCAUCACAAAUCAGGCAAAAUCUAGAGCUUCUCACUGUGGAGGAUCUCGUAGUGGAGAUCUACCAGCAAAAAUUUCUCAAGGAGCCCUCUAAGACCUGGGUUCGGAGCCUCCUAGAUGUGGCCAUGUGGGAUUAUUCUAGCAACACAAGGUGCAAGUGGCAUGAAGAAAAUGACAUUCUUUCCUGUGCUUUAGCUGUCUGCAAGAAAAUCGCGUAUUGCAUCAGUAACUCCCUGGCCACUCUCUUUGGAAUCCAGCUCACAGAGGCUCACAUUCCACUCCAGGAUUAUGAGGCCAGCGGUAGUGUGACACCCAAAAUGGUUGUACUGGAUGCGGGGCGUUACCAGAAACUAAGGGUUGAGAGUCCAGGAUUCUCUAAUUUCCGCUCUCCUAAUCCAGAACAAAGAGCAGAUACACCCACUGGUGACUACCCAUCAGGGGUGAACAUUUCUAGCCAAAGCAGCCAUGUUCGGGGAAGAGGAAUCACCCGCUUACUAGAGAGCAUCUCCAGCUCCUCCAGCAACAGCCACUGACUCCCCGGCUCUGAGGCUGCUCUCACCUUGCAGGUCCCCAGAAGAUGGAUACAAAUCUUUCUCUUCCUUAUCUUAAUGAUGGUGCUUUUCAAUUUCUAGAAAAAUCACAGGCCCAACUUCCCUUCUGACUAAAUCAUAUUAAACAUGUCACACCAAUGAUAACUGUCACCACUGUGAAAAUUACUUCAUUUGUAAGGAAAUUUUCAGAGGUUUUUUAAAAGAAGUUGGAGAAGAUAUUUGCAUUUUUGCUUUUUUCUUGAGGGCUUGUUCUACUUCCUGACUGUAUGAUGGAAAUGCCAUUAAAGUUUUGAGUCCUGUAAGAACAAAACUGGCAUUUUCACAGUUGUGCUUUUGGGGAUGUUGUAUUUUGAUAAUCUUUUCCUCCACAGUGAAGGUAUUAAAUGUCUGUUAUGAAAGGUUUUAAAAUAGUAUUAAUCUACUUCUUUGCAUUAUGAAAUAGGGAACCCUACCUUUGAGACCUGCAGGAUAUUUUCAUUGCAAAUUUCUAAGAAAAUUAGCCUUUAACAAAACAUCUUGCUACUUAGUCUUUGAAAUACGCUGACUUGGACAAAGGGGUCAUUUGAAGGAUGAAAAGCCAAAAUGAGAUUAUGUAAUUUUCCCCAAAUCAUGGCAAUAUAGUGACUGAAUUCCAGAUGCACUUGACUACAGAUCUCUUCACAUAUACCAGAUGCAUGUCAUACUGAGUUAAGAUUUGACCUGUUUGUGACUGACUUACACUGGCUCAUAUUAUCUGCCUGGGCACUUACAGAAGCCUGGAGUAGGAAGAGAGAUGUAUAACCCUUUUUGCUU